CCCCCCCGUGCAUUAUUGGCAGUCAAUCAUAUUGGAUCUAGGGCAGCCCUUGGUUGCUAGUCGUGGGAAGGGCAUUCUGGAAGUGCCUAAAACCGCCCGCAAAGCAGUGGGUAAAGCAGCCGCCUAGAGGGGGCAUGGCUGACCCACGCCAAACAGCGCAUUAGCCGCAAAACCAGGUGCUGGCGGAACCUCAGUUUGCGUCUUCGCUCCGCCGCCUUCUGGAGUCCUUUCCGCCCCUAGAGGACGCAGGUGGGCUAAACAGCAGUCAAGCCCUUCACCAUCAUGACGCCCGCAGGCGGGACCACCCGGCACUGUAGACAGCUGCCCUUUACAAUCAUGGCUCACAGAAACUCUAGGGCACGCUGGCCGAGACCGACGCUGCUCCUCAGAAGCAUGGCGCCGGCGGAAGUUGUAACCUGGGCUGUCCGGAGUGGGCAGCUGCCCCUCACAAGCAUGGCGUCAGCUGAAAAUGAAGUCUGUACUGUGCGGAGCGUCGCCUGCCCCUCACAAACAUGGCGCCCGCAGAAGGUGCAGUGCGGACUUAGUGGGGCGGGGCAGGUGCCCUUCACAAACAUGGCGGCCGGGGUUGAGGGGCGUGGCGGGGUCUGGAUGGGAAGCCGAGCAGACGGCCCCAGAACAAGCGGUCAUGUGACUGGGAAGAUGGCGGUCUUUCCUUGGCACUCCAGGAACAGGAACUACAAAGCUGAAUUUGCAUCAUGCCGACUGGAGGCUGUACCAUUGGAGUUUGGGGACUAUCACCCUCUGAAACCCAUAACUGUCACAGAAUCAAAGACGAAGAAAGUGAACCGGAAAGGAAGCACUUCUUCCACAUCCUCCUCCUCCUCCAGCUCCGUGGUGGACCCGCUGAGCAGCGUCCUGGAUGGGACUGACCCCCUCUCCAUGUUUGCAGCCACUGCUGACCCCGUAGCCUUGGCAGCUGCCACGGACAGCUCCAGAAGGAAACGUGAUAGAGAUGAUAACUCCGUUGUAGGAUCGGAUUUUGAGCCUUGGGCCAACAAACGGGGAGAAAUCCUUGCCCGGUACACCACUACCGAAAAGCUGUCUAUUAAUCUGUUUAUGGGAUCUGAAAAAGGCAAAGCCGGGACUGCCACACUGGCAAUGUCAGAGAAGGUUCGGACCCGGCUGGAGGAGCUGGAUGACUUUGAGGAGGGUUCCCAAAAGGAGCUGUUGAACUUGACUCAGCAGGAUUACGUGAACCGCAUAGAGGAGCUCAACCAGUCGCUGAAGGAUGCCUGGGCCUCAGACCAGAAAGUGAAGGCUCUAAAAAUAGUCAUCCAGUGUUCAAAGCUUCUUUCAGACACCAGUGUUAUUCAGUUCUACCCAAGUAAAUUUGUCCUUAUCACCGACAUACUUGAUACAUUUGGAAAGCUCGUGUACGAGCGCAUCUUUUCCAUGUGUGUGGAUAACCGCAGUGUCUUACCAGAUCACUUUUCUCCAGAGAAUGCCAAUGACACGGCCAAGGAAACAUGCCUAAAUUGGUUUUUCAAGAUUGCCUCCAUCAGGGAACUCAUUCCAAGAUUUUACGUGGAGGCAUCUAUCCUGAAAUGUAACAAAUUCCUCUCCAAAACGGGAAUUUCAGAGUGCCUGCCCCGGUUAACAUGCAUGAUCAGAGGGAUCGGAGACCCACUGGUGUCGGUGUACGCCCGUGCCUACCUGUGCCGGGUGGGAAUGGAAGUGGCCCCACAUCUCAAAGAAACCCUAAAUAAGAACUUUUUUGACUUCCUCCUUACGUUCAAACAGAUUCAUGGGGAUACGGUCCAGAACCAGCUGGUGGUCCAAGGAGUGGAGCUCCCAUCGUACCUCCCCUUGUACCCGCCUGCCAUGGACUGGAUCUUCCAGUGCAUCUCCUACCAUGCCCCCGAGGCUCUGCUGACCGAGAUGAUGGAAAGGUGUAAGAAACUAGGAAACAAUGCCUUGCUGUUGAAUUCCGUGAUGUCUGCCUUCCGGGCUGAGUUCAUCGCCACAAGGUCUAUGGAUUUCAUUGGCAUGAUUAAAGAGUGUGAUGAAUCUGGUUUCCCCAAGCAUCUCCUUUUUCGAUCACUGGGGUUAAACUUGGCCUUGGCUGAUCCUCCCGAGAGUGACCGACUUCAGAUUCUCAACGAAGCUUGGAAAGUUAUCACUAAGCUGAAGAACCCACAGGACUACAUUAAUUGUGCCGAAGUGUGGGUAGAAUACACCUGCAAGCAUUUCACGAAACGAGAGGUGAAUACCGUUUUGGCGGAUGUCAUCAAGCACAUGACUCCAGAUCGUGCAUUUGAAGAUUCCUACCCCCAGCUUCAGUUAAUAAUUAAGAAAGUUAUUGCCCACUUCCAUGACUUCUCAGUUCUUUUCUCAGUGGAAAAAUUUCUGCCGUUUCUGGACAUGUUCCAAAAAGAGAGUGUGCGGGUGGAGGUUUGCAAGUGCAUCAUGGACGCCUUUAUCAAGCAUCAACAAGAGCCCACCAAGGACCCGGUCAUUUUGAAUGCCCUUUUGCACGUUUGCAAGACCAUGCAUGACUCCGUGAAUGCACUCACUCUUGAGGAUGAAAAAAGGAUGCUGUCAUAUUUGAUUAAUGGAUUUAUAAAAAUGGUUUCCUUUGGCCGUGAUUUUGAACAACAGCUGAGUUUUUAUGUUGAGUCCAGGUCAAUGUUUUGCAAUCUGGAGCCUGUUCUUGUGCAGCUGAUUCAUAGUGUGAACCGGUUGGCAAUGGAGACAAGAAAACUAAUGAAAGGAAAUCAUUCCAGAAAGACGGCUGCAUUUGUCCGGGCCUGUGUUGCCUACUGCUUCAUCACCAUCCCCUCCCUGGCAGGCAUCUUCACACGUCUCAAUCUCUACCUGCAUUCUGGUCAGGUGGCCUUGGCCAACCAGUGCCUCUCCCAAGCUGAUGCUUUUUUCAAAGCCGCUAUAAGCCUCAUUCCGGAAGUUCCAAAGAUGAUUAAUAUCGACGGGAAGAUGCGGCCGUCGGAAUCGUUCCUGCUGGAAUUCCUCUGCAAUUUCUUUUCUACCUUAUUAAUAGUUCCGGAUCAUCCUGAACAUGGGGUCCUAUUUCUUGUUCGAGAGCUUCUCAACGUGAUCCAGGACUACACUUGGGAGGACAACAGCGAUGAGAAAAUCCGCAUCUACACCUGCGUCCUGCAUCUCCUCUCCGCCAUGAGCCAGGAGACAUACCUUUACCACAUAGACAAAGUGGACUCCAACGACAGCCUCUAUGGGGGAGACUCCAAGUUCCUGGCGGAAAACAACAAGCUUUGUGAGACAGUGAUGGCUCAGAUCCUAGAGCAUCUGAAAACUCUGGCCAAGGACGAGGCCCUGAAGCGCCAGAGCUCGUUGGGCCUUUCCUUUUUUAACAGCAUCUUGGCCCAUGGGGACCUACGCAACAACAAGCUCAACCAGCUCUCCGUCAACCUGUGGCACCUGGCACAGAGGCACGGCUGUGCAGACACCAGGACCAUGGUGAAAACGCUAGAAUACAUCAAGAAGCAAAGCAAACAACCAGACAUGACUCAUCUGACGGAGCUGGCCCUCAGACUCCCUCUGCAAACAAGGACCUAACCCCCAGGCCCAUCCGCAGGCUCAGGGACUCUGGCGCCAAAUCCAGGAGGAUCUGCUCUGCUGCCCUGAACUCUCAUUGCAAUUUAGGUUUCGCAUUUUCCUUUUCUUUUUACAUAUGUGCAAAUUGGUUUAAGCUUUGGCCUCUAUCCAGGUUAUUCUGACAAUGAAGAAAUGGGAGUUGUCAGAGCAUUAAAAUGCAAUCUUCAUUGAGAAGCAGCGUCUCUGCGUUGUCUUUGCACAAGUGGCCUUCAGUCUACUCAGCCCAAUCCGAUGGGCCUUUAGCAUGAGAGAAACAAGAAUGCAAGUAACAUCUUUCUUUUCUGGGAGGUGUUUUUUUUUUUCUUUCAUAGUUUAGAAAAAGGACUUUGAAAAGCAGUCCCCUUUUAAAGUUUCAGACCCAUUCCAUUCCAGACUUUGUACCUUCAAGUUAGAGCACGCCCAAAGUCUGGAACUCAGUGUUACCUGAACCUCUAUGGAGGAUUUAUAAAAGGCAGAAAUAGCACUCCAUUAACUCUUUUUCCUAUCAAAAGCAGCUCUUGAUUGGACUUAGAAUCUGUGUUGGUGGACCAAAGGAGAAAGCGAGGUCAAAUUUGAAAUUGUCUGUGGCUUCAGUAUACAGUAACUGAAUAAAUGUCCUGAAGGAGCA